UCCAGUUUGGUUCGGUUUUCUGAUAAAGAAAAAUCGAACAAAUGGUCAUCCAUUGCAACCAAAUACGUGUUAGAUUUUGAAAACAAAUUAAUCGACGCCAACGCGUCUCUGAAAAACUGGAAUCGGAGAGAAAGCCCAAUUUGCUUCGAGCUCACCUUCCGACUUGAUCGAAGAUACUGAAACCAACUCUCGCGAUUCGUCUGUUUCCGAUCUGAUUCCUUCUCUCYGGAUCAGGUUUUCAUUCUUCUUUAAUGGCGGCAAAUUCGUCUCGCGGCGGUAGUUCAUUCUACAACGCCAACGCCGCUCCUUAUCGCUCCAGGGAGGGGCUUAGCACCAGACCGGCCGCUGCUUCCGAUGAAAUUCAACUACAGAUCGAUCCGAUGCAAGGGGACUUGGACGACGAGAUCGUCGGUCUCCAUAGCCAAGUUAAGAGGCUUAGAACUAUUGCUCAAGACAUCGGGACAGAAGCAAAGUAUCAGAGUGAUUUUCUAAAUCAGUUGCAAAUGACGAUGAUCAAAGCUCAAGCAGGGGUGAAGAACAAUGUAAGAAGAUUGAACAAGAAAAUCAUACAGAAUGGAUCGAAUCACGUCGUCCAGGUCGUCGUGUUUACAUUGAUCUGUUUCUUUAUGGUAUAUAUGUGGUCGAAAAUGUCCAGAAAAUGAACACUUACCUCAAGUCGGAGUUCUUGUUGGUUUCUUUAUGAAUGGAAUACCAAAGUUGCUGGCCGGCGAAGAGGGAAAAGAAACAGCAAUGAUGUCUGAUAUUAUCAGUCUCCCCUCGGGUUAGAAAUAUGGGACGGUGAAAAUAGGCCCUUUUUUUAAUUUUUUAUUGUUCCUUUUUCCUCCCUAAUUUGUAGGAACUUUUUUAGUAUAUUUUAUUCGUUGUAAAAAUAUGUAUUGUGCAUCAUCGCUAUAGCAUUUUGGUUAACCCACUUUUGCCGAA